AUGAGUUGGGAGACUUUAUCUGACCAUUGUUCUUAUGUUGUUUCCUCUGCAAUCACUCAGGACAUUGGGAUAAAGCCUUUCAGGUUCUAUAAUCACUGGACUGAGCAUGAAAAUUUUGUUCAAGUGGUGAUAGAAAGUUGGGUCAAACCGAUAAAAGCUUCAGGUCUUUUGGUUAUUCAUCUUAAGUGUCUUCAGCUGAAACAUGUUCUCAGAAAUUUUAAUAAGAUAGUGGGAGAUGUGGAGUUCACCUAUCAGCAGGCCAAAGAUAAUUACUUAAGUUCAAGGCAUGAAGCUCAAUCUGAUCCAGGGAACAUCAGCUUAUUGGAGGUCGAAAAGGCAGCAGCUGAGGAGUUAUGUAACAGGGAUAAAAUGCUUCAUAGCUUCCUUAAACAAAGGAGCAAGGUAACUUGGUUGCAAAAAGGAGAUGAGAAUAAUGCUUACUUUUAUGCGUGCAUCAAAAAAAGAAGAGAAGAGAACUGGAUAGCCUUCUUCAAGAAUCAGAAUGAUGAGAUUGUUGAUGAUUACUCAGAAGUGGUCAAGCAUUUUAUGGAUCAUUUUACAAGUUUCAUGGGUAGUGCUAGACCUGAUUAUCACCAUUAUUUUCAUUGCCUUGAAUUUGGAAACAAGCUUUCUUUAGAUCAGCAGCUCCUUUUAACUCGUCCUUUCACGAGGAAAUAG